AUGUUGGUUGCUCAGGGUGUUGUUGUGGACUGGGAGUGCUUCAAGAAAGUGUUUCUUGAGAAGUACUUCUCGAAAAGCGUGAGGCACGCCAAGGAGCCCGAGUUCAUGCGGUUGCACCAGGGAGGGAUGUCGGUGUCUGACUAUGCGAUGAGAUUCGAGCACCUGGCUUGUUUAUAUUUGCAGGCAAUUUCUAAGGCCUGGAAAUGCAGAAAAUUUGUUGAGGGUUUGAGACAAAAGAUGAAGAUGGUGGUGGUGCCUAUGACUAUCACUGAGUUUCCAGCCUUGGUGGAGAAGGCUAAGGUGGUUGAGCGGUUAGAAGGUGGAAACCGUGUGAUGAAGACUGCUGAGGGACCAGCUGGAGGAGGGAGACAGGGUGGAGGUGCCACUCUUAGAUGGUAUAGGUGUGCUGGACCCUAUUUUGUCAGGGAUUGUCCACACACGGAGAGCCAGUGUUUUAGGUGUCAUCAGAUGGGUCACGAGUCGACCAACUGUCCUGCCAGGAACAGACCGGAGAGGGGUGCUCAUAGAGAUCUUGUGAAGGGGAAGGGUAAAGCUACUGGUAAGGAUGAGAUAAUCUUAUUUAAUUCUGGAGCUUCCCACUCCUUUAUCUAUUAUGCAUGUGCUGCUAUGCUUGGUGUGUCGGUGUGUGAUUUGGGGUUGAGACUACUAGUGUCGACGCCCGCUUCUACUUCAUUAGUUGCUUCUGAGCUGUGUGCUGGUUGUCCUAUUGUUGUGAAUGAGAAGAGGCAGUUGAUCUUUCCUCAGGUAGAGGAGGAAUUGUUGAUUUCAGGCUUGUCAAGCUGA